AUUCAAAUUUCUAGAAUUAAUUAUUUAUUGUUAAAAAGAUAAAUAAGUAUUAAAAUAUCUUUAAUAGUUAAUUAAAGCUUUUUUUGGGAAAAAUGAAAAUGUUUUUAAGAUAAGGAAUACAGCUUUUCAUUAAUAAAGGAUAGCUCAUUUUUAAAAAUUAAUAUAAAAUGUCUUCUUCAGCUAAUUUGUUGUAGAAUAAUAUACUUAAAGAUAUAAAUUACAAUAAAACUCAAAAGUAGAAUAAUGAAUUAAAUGAAUAAGCCAAUUAGUAGAAACAUAUUUCUGAAGUAGAGAAACACAAUUCAGUUUAAAAUACACAUAAGAAUAUGGUGUAUUGCCAUGCUCUUCCCAACGAUUGGAAUGAGUAGAAGUUGAUGCAAUACUUUGAUCCUAGCGGGAAAAAUAUUUCAGAAAUAAAACUUUUAAAGAAUAGAAUAGGUGGCUAUACAGGUAGAGCUCUUAUUAAAUUUAAUAAUUCUAAAAUAUGUGAUGACUAUCUUAAAAAGUAUAGUGAUAGUUUUAUAGAAACAACAGAUAUUUUAUAAAGAAUAAUUAUGAAGCCAUUUGAGCUAAAAACUAAGAAAACCCGAUUACAGUUUGAUAGAAGCAUGAAGGAAGUUUACUUGGCAAAUUUACCUUUCGAUGCUACUUCAGAAGAAAUCUUUGCUUUAGCCUAAGAUUUUGGUGAGGUUAUUUAUGUAGAUAUGCCACUAGCAAUCAAUGGAUAGACAAAUAAAGGAUAUUGUAUAGUAAAAUUCUCUAAAGCUGAAGAAGCAUCUAAAUUCCAAAGAUAUUUUGAUGAAGAAACACUUUAUGGAAGAAAAAUAAGAGCUUAAAUUUAGCAUUAUGAAUUUGACACUCAAAAGAAGAGAAACUAAAGAUUGAGCAAUAAAUUAGUUAAAGAGGAUCAAAGUAUUAAAAAUGCUAACUUAAAAGCAAACAAAGAUUUAUACAAUAAUUUAAUGAAUGAAAAUGAAUGAUACAAUUAAUAAAUUACUUAUUAGAAUUUAAAAAUUAAAUAUUUGAUAUUAAUUUUUGUAUGUUUCUCUAAUUAUAUAUAUUACAUACUGAUUUAUUUAUCUAAUUCUAACUAUAAGAUUAUAUA